AGUUUUGGCCAAAUGGUAUGACAAAGAGCUGGUCUGAGAAACAGCAGGGGCUCUUCCCUGUAAGAGACAAGACUGGAUGUGUCAAAGGCUGGGUCAACCUUAAUGGAUGGACAAUGCAGCUCCUGGUGCUGUGCCUGCUCAGCGUCUGGGGGCUGGCUGCCCCGGAGCAGUACGCCGUGGAAGACAUCUGCACCGCCAAGCCCCGCGACAUCCCCGUGAACCCCAUCUGCAUCUAUCGCAACCCUGACAAGAAGCCCCAGGAGGGUGAGGGGCAAGAGCCAGCAAAGGACAAGCUCCCCGAGUCCACCAACCCCCGCGUCUGGGAGCUGUCAAAGGCCAACUCUCGGUUCGCUGUCAUCUUCUACAAGUACCUGGCUGACUCCAAGGACAGUGGGGAAAAUAUCUUCCUGUCACCCCUCAGCAUUUCCACAGCCUUCGCCAUGACCAAGCUCGGAGCCUGCGGCAGCACCCUCCAGCAGCUCAUGGAGGUCUUUCGAUUUGACACCAUCUCAGAGAAGACAUCGGAUCAGAUCCAUUUCUUCUUUGCCAAGCUGAACUGCCGCCUUUACAAGAAAGCAAACAAAUCCUCAGAGCUGGUAUCAGCCAACCGUCUCUUUGGGGAGAAAUCUUUGGUCUUCAAUGAGACUUACCAGAACAUCAGUGAAAUCGUUUAUGGAGCAAAACUCUGGCCCUUGAACUUCAAAGAGAAGCCAGAACUUUCCAGGCAGAUCAUUAAUGAGUGGGUGGCUAAUAAGACAGAGAAUCGCAUCACAGAAGUGAUCCCAGAAAGUGGUAUUGAUGAUCUCACUGUCUUGGUCCUGGUCAACACCAUUUACUUUAAGGGGCACUGGAAAUCGCAGUUCCCAGCUCCAAACACAAAACUGGAUAUAUUUCAUAAAGCCAAUGGUGAGACCUGCCAAGUCCCAACUAUGUACCAGGAGUCCAAAUUCCACUAUGCAUUCAUCCCCCAGGACAAAGUCCAGGUGCUGGAGCUGCCUUACAAAGGGGACGAUAUCACCAUGCUGCUGGUCCUGCCCAGUGCUGGGACGCCACUGGAGGAGGUGGAGCGAGACCUGACACUGGAGAAGCUGCAGAGCUGGAUAGAUUCCAUGAAGGAGAUGUCUCUCUUCGUCUACCUCCCUCGCUUCCGCGUCGAGGACAGCUUCAGUCUCAAGGAAAAGCUGAGGAAAAUGGGGCUGGAAGAUCUCUUCAGUCCAGAAAAUGCCAGACUCCCCGGUAUCAUUGCAGAGGGCCGCACAGACCUGUACGUGUCUGAGGCUUUCCACAAAGCCUUCCUUGAGGUGAAUGAAGAAGGCAGCGAGGCCUCAGCUGCUACAGCUGUCACCAUCUCUGGCCGUUCCUUCCCUAUGAACAGAAAAAUCUUCAAUGCCAACAGGCCCUUCCUGCUUUUCAUCCGGGAGGCUGCCCUCAACACCAUCAUCUUCAUGGGCAGGAUAGCUGAUCCUUGCUCCUGAAGGGGCUGGUAGAGCCUCACUUCUCCCUCCUCUCUUCGGGAAAAGGGAGGGGGGGUAUUGCCACAAAGUAUGGGCUGCUCCUGGGGAGGUUGGUCUUGCUGUUUGGUGCCAGCUGCAGGCAGGGACUGCAUCCAGCUGGCUGUCCCUGCUCCUCCCUGCCAUGUCAGGUGAGGGAGCUCAUAGCUCACCUCACUGUUCUGUCCUUUGUGGCAAGGAAAGCUGAAUUUCAUCUGGUACCAGUAUUUUUGUGGCCUUCCUGUGCCCAAUCCUCUGUAACUCUGAUCACUUGGUUCAUUAAAACCUAUAGAUCUGUAUGUAA